AAACGAAAAAAGAAAUGUUAAAAUGCAAAUAUGGGAAAUCUGAAGUACCACCAGAAAUUACGAGGAGCAUACCGUGCAGAUCAGUGUCUGAGCCGGGAAGAUUAAUUUUCUGUCUGGUUUAGAAAGGGGGAAAGCCCAGACAAAAUGCCCAACAGUGAGGACACAAGCGAUGCCUGUAGCAAAGGUCAUGAGGAGCCGAAGGACAGAGGAGCUUUGGUUGAUGAAGCCAAAUCUCCAACAGGAAAAGGUGACACCACCAUGCCUGGCCUCUGCAAGCCAGGCAUUCCAUGCUCCAGUCCUCCAAGACUAGUAUCCAUGACGGAAGUUCUGGAAACAGCACGGGAUGUGUCUAACAUGGCCAUUGCACACGAAAUUGUUAUAAACAGCAACUUCCAGAUCCAGAAGAUGGAAUCUCCUCAAAACAGUUUAGAAAGGAAAGUGAAGGAGAUUGUGCACAAAGCCUUCUGGGAUAGCUUGCAGGCCCAGUUGGACGAGAAACCACCACAGUACACUCAGGCCAUCAAGCUGCUGCAAGAAGUUAAAGAGUCACUAUUGUCUCUCCUGCUUCCUGGCCACACCCGUUUGAGGAUCCAGAUUAAUGAAGUGCUGGAUAUGGAGCUGAUCGAGCAACAAGCUAAGCACGAUGCAUUGGAUAUCCAGCGAUUGGCUGGCUUCAUCGUAGGCAUGAUGGCAAACCUAUGUGCCCCAGUCAGGGAUAUGGAGAUUAAGAAGCUGAAAGGCCUCACAGAGACUGUAUCUCUCUUCAGGGAAAUCUUCCGUGUGCUUGACCUGAUGAAGGUCGACAUGGCGAACUUCACCAUGAAGGCCUUGAAGCCUCACCUACAGCAAGAGUCCAUUCAGUACGAGCGCAGCAAGUUCCAGGCAUUCCUUGACAAACAGCCUAAUGGUUUGGAGCACACAACUGCUUGGUUAAAGACAGCAAUUGAGAAAACUGUCAAUUCAGUCUCACCAUCUCGUGGUCACUGUCCAGCAGCAGUGAGCCCAAUAGUGGUGCUGAAUCAAGGCUACAUGAACUUGUUGACGUGGGAUCAGGACACCAACAUGUAUCCAGAGACUCUGUUGAUGGACAGAUCACGUCUCCAGGAGCUACAGCAGAGAGUUGAUCAGCUGAUUCUGGUGGCCUCCAUCCUAUUGGUAACCAGUAAUACGGUGGGAGCAGCCAUUUGUGGUUUGCCUGGGUUUGUAGAUAAACUAAAGCAGGUCACUUGUGCCCUGAUGGAUGGGCUGAACUGCAAGUUAGAAGAUGCUCUACUUGCAGUAUGCGACCAGAUACACAGAGAGCUCGUCAAGUCACUUCCUGUUUAUGGCUACUCUCCUCUGACAAAUGAGCAGGGAGUCAUCUUAAAAGGACAAAUCCGCAGCAUUUCACAGAGAGAUAAUGUCAUUCGGAACCUGAUUGGUGAGCGGAUUCAUUCAUACCUGAAGGGUUUUCUCAACUCCUCAAGCCCACAGAAUGGCUUUCGUGCUCUUCCUGGUGGUCUUGCUCCAAUUCAGGCAGAGCUGAAGGAGAUUGGUGGCUCCUUCAGUCAUAUUCUCCACCACAACAGGAUGGUAUUUGGACCCUUUUACUCCAGCAUUCUGGCGAAGCUGCUGUUCGCUGAUGGUGAUGCCGGGAUGGACUCUCGCUGAGUCUGGGUGCAGGAACCCACAGUCAAUUGAUGGUCUAUUGCUUGCACCAGCAAAAAACAAACAAUUCACCUUUAACUGGUUGGAACUCGGGCUUCCCUUAUUAUCGCAUGUCUACUCGAAUCUGAACACCAACAAAUCAUCCAAAGAAGCUGUUCAAAGCAAUGGUGCUGCAGAACAUGCUGCCUUCUGCCAAGGAUGACUCCGAGCUAGCUCUCUCCUGGCUUCUCCACAAAGAAGAUCUAUCUGACCUGCUAUUGCUGCCUCCUGCUGGAGCAGAAAACGCAAAUUCAGUCUGUAAAUACUUUAAUUGCACUAUUAUAAUUUUAAUAAGCUUUCAUGAGGUGAUAAAUAAAUUCUCCAUAUGGGGUGAGACAGAGAAUAUCUAAGCUUUGAGUUUCAAGAAUUGCUAUGUAAUCAGGGUCAUAAGAUAAAUCUAUUCACUGAUUUUGUUCUAAAAUAUUAAUGUUGACUACGCUUGUUGCCUCAUGUUUGUUUCAUUGUCCUCUCUAUCACUGUAUAUGUUUCAUGAUGCUGUUACAACAGAUUAUUUUUUUCACUGCAAGGUUAAAAACUGGGAAUGUUUGUAGUCUGAAAAAGAAAUAGAAAUUUCUGAAAACAGACUGUAAAUCCUGUAAAGGGAAAAAUUAAGUUCAGAUUUUGAAUGGUAAAUCCUGAUCAGGGUCUGGGUUUGGGGCUAAAUCCUGGUCAGAG